AUGCCGAUCUCAUCCUCUCUCUCCGCGCGCCUCGGCCCCGGUCCCGCUCCCGCGCCCGCACGGUGGGGCCCUUACGCCCGCCCCUCCGAACCCCGCAGGACCGGCGCCGGAAGCGGCUGCGCCAAGGCCUCCCGCCCGCCCCUCCGCCUCGAACCCGCGACGGAGAGACUCCUCGGGCCCGCGCGGAGGGCUGAAUCCCGCGGAUCGAGUCGCGGCGCCGCAGCCCCUACACCUGCACGACGGCGGCUUGGAGACCUGAAGAAGUCGGACCCGAAGACUGAUCCCAAGCCGGCGGGGACGAAUCCAGAGCCGAUCCAGGAGCCGCGCGUCGAGGAGAGCCGUGGCUGCGGCGGUUUCGCUUUCCUCUGCGCCCUCGCUGGACACGAGGAGUGCCUUGAUGUCAUCAAGAUGGGAGGGAAGAUUGGCUGUAUGAUCACACAUGACAAGUGGGUAUUUAUUGGAAUCCCAAAAUCCGUGGAGGCAUGGAACACACAGACAGGGAUGAAGCUAAGUCUUCAGGGACCUUCUGGGCUUGUUUGUUCCAUGACUAUCAAGGAUGAGAUGCUGUUUGCUGGCACGGCGGACGGACGCAUCAUGGCUUGGAAAUUUCCUGCUAAGGAGAUCAACUCGGAACCGGUGUCAAUCCUCGCUGGCCAUGACCGUCAUGUGAUUUCACUUGCUGUCUCCGCAACAAGGCUUUACUCUGGCUCACUUGACAAGACAAUCAGAGUAUGGGACCUUAAAAAUCUUCAGUGUGUCCAAACACUCUCUGAGCAUAAAGCUGCUGUUACUUCUGUGCUUUGUUGGGAUCAGAAGUUACUAUCUUGCUCUCUGGACAAGACUGUAAAUGUCUGGGCUGCUUCAGAAUCUGGAAACCUUCAACUCAUGCAUACCCAUUCCGAGGAGCAUGGAGUACGCACCCUCUUUGGCAUGCAUCGUCCGGGAAAGACGCCGGUUCUGCUCUGCUCCCUCCACAAGAGCAACUGCGUCCGCAUGUUGGGCCUGCCAUCGUUCGAGGAUAUUGGCACGCUCUCCUCCAAAACAGAAGUGAAGACCAUCGAACUCGCCCAGGGGCCAUCGAGGCUUCUCUUGACUGGAGAUGGCGCGGGCGAGCUGAAGGUGUGGACGUGGGCGCCCCAGGACGAGGAGUCCCCCAGCACCGGCGCUGCCAUAAACGUCAGCUAG